AUGGGGGUCGCCAAAGGAGCAUUGGCGACGGUGUCGGCGAACGAGUGUGACUUCAUUCUCGCGGCUGUGCGCGACGAGCUGCGCGUCGACGGCCGCAAGCCCUUCGAUUAUCGGUCAUGGGACAUCUCUUUUGGCAGGGAUGACGGCACAGCAGAGGUGCAGCUGGGGAGCACGCGCGUCCUGGCGUCCGUGUCAGCAGCCCUGACGCUGCCCUUCCCCGACCGCCCCAACGAGGGCUCCCUGGCCGUCUUCACGGAGCUCGCCCCCAUGGCUGACCCGCGCUUCGUGCCGGGGCGCCCGGGGGAAGAGGCGAUAGAGCUGGGGCGCAUCAUUGACCGCGGGCUCAGGGAGAGCCAUGCAGUGGACACGGAGUCGCUGUGUGUGGUGGCGGGGAGGGCAGCGUGGGCGCUCAGACUAGACAUUCGAGUCAUGGAUAAUGAUGGCAACCUGGUGGAUGCGUGCUGUCUGGCUGCCGUAGCAGCGCUGCUGGCGUUCCGCCGGCCAGAAGUGACAGUGGGGGGGGACGAUGGCAUGCAAGUGGUGGUGCACUCAGAGGAGGAGCGCGACCCGAUACCAGUAACAGUGCACAACCUGCCCCUGGCAGUCACCUUCGCCUUCUUCAACGACGGCAACGACGUGGUCAUGGAUCCCAGCUACAAGGAGGAGGCAGCGCAGGCGGGCCGGUGCACAGUGCUGGUGAACGCGGUGGGGGAUGUGUGCAGCGUGCACAAGGGAGGGGGCGUGGGCGUGUCGCUCCACCAGCUCAUGCGCUGCUGCCGUGUUGCUGCCUCUGUGGCCCAGCACAUGAUCAAAACGCUCACGGAUAAGGUGGCAGCGCUGGCAGCGGAGAGGCAGAGGCGCAAGGUGAAGCGACACGCCUCCCCUGCUGCAGCUGCUAGUGCUGCAGCAGCAACAGUGGGGUUGGACACUGCAGCAGGCGGGUUGAAGGCUGGGGUGAUUGGUGUGGCGGAGAUUGCCGCGGUGCAGAAGAAAGGAGGGGGCGUGCGGCAAGGGCAGGCGGAUACCUUUGGUGGAGGGGUGAAGAACAAAGCAAUAAGUGCUCCAUGUGGUAUCAGUGACGGUACCAUGCCAUUCUCUCACCUACCCUUGUUUUCUCUUCUCGCAUUUCCCCUGCUUGCCUCGCUCUCCACUGAUUGCCUCCUUGUGUGUUGGCUCGUGGGUCACAGGUUGCAAGAGGAACAUGACGAGAAGAAGAGCAAGAAGGGAGCAACAGCAGCCCGCCUGGGGUCGGAACUAGACGCCAUCGCCCACCUGCUGCCAUCCACUGCCGCCCCGCACGCCCCUGCCUCCAGGGCCUCUGCCGCCCGGGCCGUGUCGCCUGCUGGGAAAGGUGAACAAGGGCCUAGAGCAGCAGCAGCAGCGGCAGCGGCAGCAGCAGCAGCGGGAGGUGCAGGGAGCAGAGUGAAGGAGGAGCCGCUCACACUGGCUGAUGCCGUGAAGAAGCCAAAGAAGAAAAAGGUGGUCAAGGUGGAGCAAUGA